AUGGAUAUAUUGGGUUUUGCAACGAAAUUAAAUGCUGGAAAACAUCAUUCAGUUCAAAAUGAUGACGUAUUUAUUGAUCGACUUAAUCAUCGAUAUACAGUAACAAUGAUUUUAGUUUUUGCUGCUAUUGUUACAACUCAACAAUAUUUUGGUUCACCUAUAACAUGCUGGGUACCUGCACAAUUUACUGGUGGUUACGAAAAAUAUGCGAAUGAUAUAUGUUGGAUAAUGAAUACAUACUAUGUUCCUAUGGAACAUGAUAUUCCACAUGCUGAAACAACGCGAUAUGAACGCAUGUUGAAAUAUUAUCAAUGGUCGCCAUUUAUUCUUCUAUUUAUGGCUCUUUGUUUUUAUUUUCCACGUAUGCUUUGGAGAUCAUUGAAUAAUAGAUCUGGUUUAGAUAUUGAAAAAUUAGUUGAGGCAGCUUUAAAACAAGAACAAGCUGUUCAACGUGAAGAACGACAGAAAACAAUUGAUCAUAUUUCAAAUGCAAUACGUGUCUAUAUUGAAAAUCGGUAUAUUAAUCCAGCACAAUCUGAUCAUCGUCCAAAAAACUUUUUUCAAAAAUUUUGUUAUUCUCUAACAUUUUGGCGUCAUCGUCAUUUAAGUUCAUUUAUAGUUAUAUUAUUUACAUUUGUUAAAUUCUUAUUUCUUUUUAAUUCAUUAGUACAAAUAUUUCUUUUAAAUGCUUUUUUGGGUAAUGAUUAUCAUUUAUUUGGUUUUGAAGUUAUUGCAAAAUUUAUUCGUGGUCUCGAUUGGGGUGAAUCAAAACGAUUUCCACGUGUUACAUUAUGUGAUUUUCAUAUACGCGAAAUAGGUAUUAUACAUCGAUAUACAGUUCAAUGUGUUUUACCAAUAAAUUUAUUUAAUGAAAAAAUUUUUCUUAUUCUUUGGUUUUGGAUAUUACUCUUAGCAGCUUUCAAUAUAGGUGAUUUUAUAUCAUGGCUAUUACGUAUUGUACGUGUUGAUAGUCGUUCAGCAUAUGUACGAAGAAAAUUAGCUAUGAAUCGUCCAUCAAUGAAUGAAUCUACUGAUGAAUUUACUAGUCCAGAACAGUUUAGAUUAAAUGAAAAAGUUCGUAGUAAAGCUUUUGUUCGUGAUUAUUUACAAGAAGAUGGCUGUUUCGUACUUCGUCUCCUUGCACGUAAUGGACAAGAUAUUAUUGUUGGUGAAAUAAUUGAUAAAUUAUAUAAAGAUUUUUGUACAAUCUAUGAACAUGAACAUAUCAAUUCUGAUCGAGAAAUGAUCUUACGAAAAUCUAAUCAACAUCAUUCAUCAUUACCACCUGUUUUACCACGACCAAGACAAUUUGAAACCUUAAAUCAUGAUGAUGAUCAUCGACAGCUAGUUUCACAAACAAAUACGUGA